CCGACUUUGGUCCCGAGGUGAAGACCCACCGAAACCUCCACGUGCGUCAUUAUUUCACCCUCGAGUCCCUAUUCCUCCUCAACAUACCAUUCUCUACACCUAGAAUCCGUCGCAUCCGUUGCAUCUGCACACAUAUUACGCCCACAGCAUCCGCUUUAGGGCGCCGACCAAUCCCGCUUCCGGCUUUGUGGAACGUGCACCCUCGCUCACCAUCAUCUGGCAAAAGACAUCCCCACCAUAGAAAAGCAGACUGAAUUGGCAAUCCGUCUGGCCACCAGGCACCCUGCAGCCUCUCGGCGCCUGUACUCAGUAUAUACACCCGCCACCAUGGUGUCCUGUGGCUCCAGUACCGCUGUCAUGACCUCCUUCGAGGACCCCGUUGUCCACAACGGCUACGGUACCUUUUCCCGAGAGCAAAAGUCCCGCCGCCGCCAUUCUUCACACCACACCAACCAUGAGAGACCCUGGGGCGUGGAUUCGGAGAAUGUGCAGAUCAUGCUCGAAAAUUUCAUAACUGAGCUCGGCUGUCGCUUAGACUUCUUGGAAUCCUAUGGCCACCUCAAGUUCGACGCCGGUGUCGAAUAUGCCUACUCGACCCUCCACGCCGUUCGCGAAUCAUGCUCCAAGAUCUCCGAGGAUGCCAUUGAGGCAGGCAGGCGCCGUGCCGGUGUGUUUGUCGAGACCCUCGAGGAGAGGUACAAGGAUGCGCUUGCAUCCAAAGAGUCGUUUGAACAGAAGGUGCAGGAGGGCAUACGGCUGAUGGAGUCGUACUUGACCGACUUUGAGACCAGAGCCUAUGCGAUCCGCGACGCCGGCAUCGGAAGCGUAGCCCACGAGUUCUACACAGGCGGUCGGCGGCGAGUGGACGAAGGCUUGGAGCGUGCAAGAGAAGUGGUAGACGAAGGACUGGACAAGGCGCGGAAGGCGCGCGAAACCCUCGAGCUCACCAUCGAACAUGCCAUCGAGCGAGCCCUUGCCCGUGCAAAGGAACACGGCCUGAUCCAGUAUCACGACCUUCCCGACCCUUGGAAAAUCAACCCCCACAUCCUCAAAGGCUACCGCUUCUCCGAUGGCCCCUGGUCCUGCGUCCGCUCCGUCGUCUGCUUCCACAACGAAUUUUUCAACAUCUGGUCGCACGCCGUCGGUCUCGUGCUCGUCCUCGCCAUAGCCUUCUACUUCUACCCCCGCAACGUGAACUUCCACCUCUCCACCAACGCCGACGUCUUCGUUGCCGCCAUGUUCUUCUUCGCCGCCGCCAAGUGUCUCAUCUGCUCGACCAUCUGGCAUACGAUGAAUAGUAUCUCCCACCAGACCCUUCUUGAACGCUUCGCCUGCGUCGAUUACACUGGCAUCUCCUUCCUCGUCGCCUCCUCCAUCAUCACCACCGAAUACGCCGCCUUUUACUGCGAGCCCGCCUCCCGCUGGUUCUACAUGCUGACCACCAUGGGUCUGGGCAUCGCAGGCGUGAUCUUCCCCUGGCACCCUACCUUCAAUAAAGCGGAAAUGGCCUGGCUGCGCGUCUUCUUUUACGUUUCACUCGCACUCACCGGCUUCAUCCCCGUGUUCCAGCUCUCCAUGACGAGAGGUAUGGACUGGGCCAUUUACUUUUACGCGCCGAUAACGAAGAGCAUUCUCGUGUACUUCAUGGGGGCGUUGUUGUAUGCUUGCAAGGUGCCCGAGCGGUGGUUUCCGGGCAGGUUUGAUUAUGUGGGGUGUUCGCACAAUUUGUGGCACGUAGCCGUCCUUGGCGGCAUCCUCUUUCACUACACUGCCAUGCAGGACAUGUUCUCUCAAGCGCUGCAACGCGCGCAGUAUGCUUGUCCUGCGGUCCAUUAGCCUAGACUUCUUUCAACUUACCUUAGACUUUCCUUGUUAGAUUCUGUUAGACUUGAGAUUUGAUAUUGCAUAGCGUUGCGUUGUGUUAUAUGAUGCAUGGGCGGCGUUUUAGAGAUACUUCCCAGUUGGGGGUUUGUUUUGUCUUUGCAUAGAUUAUGCAAGAGGGGCAGGUAUGGAGAGAGAGAGAGAGAACGAGAGUAGAUAUUCGUAAGGCUUGCACGGCCAUGGCGCCGGAUGGCGAAGGGAUAUAAUCAUCACAUCAAUACCAAUCGUGGG